AUGGCCGCCACCACAAUGUCUCCACUCACCUCUCCACACAGGUGCGAUGGCUGCCUUGAGAAAUCCCGAUCCAUAGCACAACUCGAGCGCCGUAUCUCCGACCUUCACUGGAUCCGGAAUGAAGAAAAGCUCUUGGACUCAGUGAUCACGUUGGGCGCCAGUCCACCUGUUAAGUCCGAGUUAGACUCCACCAUCCCGGUCUGGGAUGCUGGCUCGCCGGCCGCCUCCGUCUGUCAGCCUUCCCCUGGCCCUGGGGAUACUCCAGCCUCAACCGGACCGGCGGCCUCGGGCCCACCACAUCUCCAACCCGAUGACUGCUGGCUACUGCUGGGUGCAAAGCCCAAACGCGUGCCUACUGCUGCUCUAGACUUUACACCACACCCAAGGAACAGAGUGUGUAGUUCCACCCCGCAGCAGGCGCCCUGGUCCUCCGUUCCAGCGAGGAAGGCCGGCGGGACCAGACCACAACUUCCCGGUGAGCUCCAGCUGUCCAACCGCUACAAGGUCCUGAGCCUGGAGGAUUUCCCCCCACUGACCAGAGAGCCGGCGGCUGUCUCUGAGCGGGCCGCUGUUUCCACCGCGGCAGUAUCUGGCGGUGCUCCAUCCACCGAGGUCCAAGCAGGUGUCUCCUCGCCAGCAACCUCCAACCACUCGAAGCGCCGUGGAGGCCGAUCUGGGAAGCGGCGUGCCGGCAUUCUCAGGUGUCCUCUCACCGUGCUGCCCCUGAGCAGCAGCAACAUCUGGAGGGAACCCCGUCCCAGCCCGAUGGGAUCAAGGUAACACCAGCGCCUCCACAUCCUCUUUCCCCCCCCACCACCUUAAUUGUGGGUGACUCCACAAUUAAGCAUGUCCGCUUUUUUAACGCCGUCACUUGCUGCCUCCCAGGUGCUACUGUACCGAUCAUUUUAAACAAACUCCCGGGGUUCUUGCACUCCCUGCCCGGUACAGUCAGCAAGGUUGUUGUCCAUGUAGGAUGCAAUGACACUGCUCGCAAGCAGUCCGAGCUCUUAAAAAUUGAUUUUAGAGACCUGCUCAGGCUCCUGCGCACCACGGGGAAGGCCGUCUUCAUCUCCGGCCCAAUCCCAACACUGGCCCGGGGAGCAGAGCGGUUCAGCAGUCUGCUCAGCCUCAACACCUGGCUGCUUUCCGCCUGCAGAGACUAUGAGGUUGGUUUUAUCGACCAUUUUAAUCUAUUUUGGAAUUGCUACUCCGCAUACAGGCCAGACGGAGUGCACCCAAACAAAUUAGGCAGCACCAUGCUCGCUGCUAAUUUGCAGCACUCGGUGCAAUCUGCCACACGUGACUGA